ACAACGCAUAACCACUGGACACAGUGUGGAAUAGAGACAGUAGACAACGGUCAGCCAACAGAAGAAGAAGAAAACGGAACACACGAGGAUAUACAUUUGUCUGCUUUGUUUUGAUUGUACAAUAAUUUUAUUUUAACGUAGCGAACGUUGCGUGAAUAUGCGCAUUCCUUGCCAUUUACAGUAGGUCACUUAAAUAUUCUAAUUACGCUUUUUAAGAACCAUUACAUCUCUUUAACAGUAAGCCUCCGAAUACGUAUUUUGCUCGGGGUCGUUUUGAUCCAAUGUUAAAAAUGACUGAAGAGCACGACAAGUCCCUGACGGAACAACCUUGCAGUCCUGCAGGGACCACAAGCUCAAUGUCACAGGACGACUCGGAUUCAGAUGUCCCAUCCUCACCGACGGGAUCAGACGGACACGGCUCCCUGCUCAUGACAGGGAUGAGCAAGAAAAUGGACGGUGAGGAAGACGAACGCUUCCCAGCCUGCAUCCGAGACGCGGUGUCCCAAGUCCUAAAAGGAUACGACUGGUCACUUGUCCCGAUGCCUGUCCGGGGAAACGGAUCGCUGAAAAACAAACCCCACGUCAAAAGACCGAUGAACGCCUUCAUGGUUUGGGCACAAGCGGCGCGCAGAAAACUAGCGGAUCAGUAUCCUCAUCUCCACAACGCGGAGCUCAGCAAGACCCUUGGAAAACUAUGGCGUUUACUGUCAGAGAAUGAAAAGAGGCCGUUUGUGGAGGAAGCGGAGAGGCUGAGGGUUCAGCACAAGAAGGACCAUCCCGAUUACAAAUAUCAGCCCCGGCGGCGGAAAAGCGUAAAGCCCGGCCAGAGUGACUCUGACUCUGGGGCAGAGUUGAGUCACCAGAUGUAUAAGUCUGAGCCAGGCAUGGUCGGCUUGGGAGGCAUCGGAGAGAACCAUCAUCACCCAGAGCAUACAAGCCAUAGUCAUGGUCCCCCGACCCCACCCACCACCCCGAAAACUGAUCUACAUCAUGGAGGAAAACAGGACCUCAAGCAUGAAGGGAGGCGAAUCCUGGACCCCGCUAGACAGAACAUCGACUUCAGUAACGUAGACAUAUCCGAGCUUAGCACCGAUGUCAUUAGUAACAUGGAAGCCUUUGACGUCCACGAAUUCGACCAAUAUUUGCCACUAAACGGUCAUACGGCUUCUGCUUUGCCCCCGGAUCACUGCCAUGGACAAAACUCAGCGGCGAUCGGUUCAUACAAUUCCUCAUACAGUCACCCGGGAGCGAAUGGCCCCGUUUGGAAUCGGAAAAGUGCCACAUCGGCCACGUCCCCGACCGGUACUGAAGCGGGACAACAGCGGCCGCAUAUUAAAACCGAGCAACUGAGCCCGAGUCACUACAGCGAUCACUCCCACAGCUCCCCUUCCCACGCUGACUUCGGGACGUACAGCGGUCAGUCCUGCGUUACUUCGGCCGCCUCAGCCGCGGGAGCCUCAUUCUCCAGCUCUCAGUGUGACUACGCUGACCUCCAGAGCUCCAGUUACUACAAUCCAUAUUCGGGAUAUCCCUCCAGUAUUUACCAAUAUCCGUAUUUUCAUUCCUCCCGCCGGGCAUAUGGAAGUCCACUGAUCAACAGCUUGUCCAUGCCGCCUUCGCAUAGUCCCACACACAACUGGGACCAGCCGGUAUACACAACUCUGUCAAGGCCGUGAACAUCUUCCUUGCAGAUGGACUAUCAGCCCAUCACUAACUAAUUCUUACGGACCUUCGGGCGUCUCAUAGUUUUCUGCACUAAUAAAGUAAUAGUUAGAUUGGGUGUUGUGCCAAUUAACAACAGAAAAAAGUAAGACUAUUAGGAAUAAAAUAUACAAGUGCCUACUGAUUUAUGCAAGGUUUUUUGUGAAUGUCUUCGGCUCUUUUGACUUAUAUCGUGGACGUCUUUAUCUUCUAGAUAUGUUUGUACUAAGACAUCGAGGGAAAGUCCUCCAUGAGGACCAUCUUAAAACCAUCAGCUCUUCCAGUCGUGCACCAGCGCUUGAGCGUACGCUAAACUGCGUGGAUUUCAGAAAGAUUGUUCUUUACAAACGAAACAGACGUUUUUCAUUGCUGUUAGAGUACUGGGACCAGUCAAAUAAAUUCGAGGCUACGUUGAAGUCCAUUAUUAGCUAUCAUGCAUGACUUUUCAAACUGUUUUCUUAAGCGAUGUCAGAUCACCCAAAUCAGACUCAACAGUAAUUCGAAACGGUACAAGUAUUUUUGCUGUUAAAAUGUUCCCUUUUAUAAUCAUGCUUAUUGAUUUUCCCCCUUUUGUUUCACGUAUAUAUCGCAUUUUUAUCUUACAGCAGUAGAAAGCAUGAUGAGAAUUUAGGUAAAUCAGAACCACAUUUCGUUUAUAAGUUUAUUACAAAAAGUACAGAUGUUACGGAUUAUUAACCGGGAAACCAACUAGCAGCACAACCAACUACAUGUCAUUUGAGGCAACAGGUGUCUUUUGCUCUGCUCGUCGAAAUGUGACGGAUGGCGCCUAAAGGAACGGAUGCGGUAGCGCCAUACGCGCUGUGAGUGAUGGGCCAGGUGGACUGAGCGAUCAAUGCUGAAGCUGAUGAAGAACCGUCGCUAGUCAGCCUCUGCCGCUUCCCCGGCUUCACCUGAACACUGUACAGUGGUGCAUGUGGUCCCACGAGCAUCCCCCCACAGUAAAUGCGUCCCAUAUACAAACAUUUCUGAUGAGGACAAGAAUCAGAAUUUGAUAGGGUAUUACGAAAUGAGAUUUUGAUGAGUUAUCGACCUUUUUAUGCGGUGUCAGAAUAUAUUCUAAUAGAAAACCAGCGCCAAAAUAAUCAUCUUGGAGUAAAUCUAAAGAAAUAUAUUGUUAAUUAAUGUUUACCCUAAUGGUGUGUUCGUAAAGAGGCUAUUGAGUGACACGUUUAUAGGGAAAGACAGUUCCCUGAAUUUUACAUAUUUCCAUUUCUUAUUUCAUAAAUAUAUUAUAUCCUACAUAACGACUGAUUCGAAAAGUAAUACAAAAUGUUCAUUACGGAACUCAAAAUGAUCACAAAAUGCAAUAAUAAACAUUAUAAAUUUCAUCUUUAUUAAUACUUUUAUGAUCGUGAGCUUGCAUUACCUACCCAGUUUGAUGUACCCAGAACAAAUUAAGUUCCCAGUUAAAAAGAUAAAGCUGCCAUCGUCUACCACAUACCUGAGACCGGAAAAGUUAAGGACACACGAAUACACACCUUACUGAAUAGAUUGCAGUGUUCCUCGGCAACUGAAACAUAUUUCUGUAACAUAGAGUGCCAUCCUUAAUUAUACUAACCAUACUAAUUAGGGCGAAAUAGCUUUUUAUCAUGCCUAAACUAUCAAUAGGCCUACAUAAUUGGAUUUUUACAAACCUACAACGAAUAGGCGUAAAUGAUUUUAUUUUCAUGCGGAUUUUUAAAAGAAUUAUGAUUUUCGCGACGGUUUUGUUUAACUGUCCGAUAAGCACCAUAGGGCAAAUUCUUUUCCACGCACUUAACCACUUUCUUGAAAGGGCAAUUUGAGAAAAUCGCCUUUAGGCCGCAUAACUUGUCGGGAAACGUGCUUAAGAACGGUGUCUUUCACGUUAAUCAUAGGCUUAUUGGGAAACGCGCGUAAGAACGGUGUCUUUCACGUUAGUCAUAGGCUUAUUGUUUGCCGUGGAGCAUGAUCAUUUUACACUAACGCGUGCCUUCACGUGCUUUUUGUUUUCGAAGUAUUUGGCUGUCCAAUAUGUCAUUAAAUUAAAAUGAUAUGUAACGCAAUGGAUGUGCAUUUGAUUUUUCUGAUACACUGUAAAGAAACACGGAAGACUUCCCAAAUGUGGUGCUAUGAUAUUUUUAUGAGCAAUUUGAAAAUGUACUGCUUGUCACAAGAAAGAGCAUCAUGUUCCAUGAAAUGAAACAUAAAACAGUAUAUAGGUAAUUUUCUAUAUAUUUCUUUUUAUAAUGUCUUUGAAGCAGACAAGAUGUAAUUAAAAUAUUAACUAUAGGCCUACAGAAAAUCUUACAAGCAGCGCUAACAUUUUUUUCUGACCGUUUUCAAAGAAAAAUAAAAAUUGUUUUCCAUCAUG